GCAACUAUCCCGCUAUUUUUCACCCCCAAAAAACAGCUGAUACCACACCCUAAACCCCAAUAUAUUUAAACUGCCCUAAUUUUCUAUCUCCUCUUCAAAUCACAUCACUAUCAUUACCUGCAGAAAUUUACAGUAGGAGCUAUAGCAAGAUGGAAGAAGCUCAGAGGUUGCUCAAUCCAUGGGUGCUUCAUCUCCAAAAACUCGGCCUCGAGCUCAAAUGCCCCCUUUGCCUUCAGUUGUUUAAUCGACCGGUGUUAUUACCUUGCAAUCACAUUUUCUGCAAUCUGUGUAUGCCGAAAACAGUGGAGACUGGGUUCGAGUGUCCAUCUUGUAAACAUCAGUAUAUCGAUCGAGAGGUGAAGCCUGCGUCUUUCAUGGAGAACAUUGUAAACAUCUAUAGGGAUAUUGAUCGUACCUUCAAUGCAAAUCUUUUUCGUCCUGUGCAAUCUGAUGUUACUCGGGUAUCAGCACAGUCCCCUGCUUCUGUUAAGAUCGAUGUUAAUAGUGAUUCAAGAAAUGAGAAUGUUGAGAUAGUACAAUCUGGGAAUUCCAGCAAUGGGCAAUCUACAACUUCACAAACUGUUAAACCCACUUUAUUAAAUACUCCUGCUGAAGAAUUGGCCACUAGGGUUUUUAAAAAAUGUGUUACCCCAGAAAGUGGACAGAAACAAAAGUUCAACAUCACUGUUGAUGAUAAACCAAGUGUUUCUGAUUCAACCGGACAGGUGGCGACUGAGAAGCAAAUGGAGACUGAAAGACAUUCACCAAAAAGACCAGUUGAAAAUGAUUCUUAUGGGACAAAUCUUGAGUCAAACACUAGAUCCACCUCAGGAGCUAAAAGUCAAACUAUCGAAGUCAAAAGACAAAAGAAAACAAGUGAUGGGCUAAAUGACACAUCUGUUGUUUUGGAUUCGAAAAGAAGUCCUUGUGCCUUUUGUAAUUCUUCCGAAGAAACAGAUGGGAGUGGACCAUUGGUGUCUUAUGCCCGAGGGAAGGAAGUAGUGGGUAAUGUGGCUAACUUCUCUAAGGUUACAAAUGUUCAUGAAAAUUGUAUUCAAUGGGCUCCUAGGAUUUACUUUAAGAAUGAAAUUAUUCAUAAUUUAGAAUCAGAAGUGGCAAGGGCUAGCAAGCUGAAAUGUGACAGCUGUGGUAAAAAAGGAGCUGUUCUAGGCUGCUAUAUGAAGUCAUGUAAAAGAACCUACCAUGUGCCAUGUGCAUAUUACAAUUUUGAAUGCAGAUGGGAUCAGGUUGCCUUUUUGAUGCUUUGUCCAAAUCAUACACAUAUCAAAUUUCCACAUGAGAAGAAAAUGAAGAAAAACACUGAAAAAGGAAUAUCUACACAUAUGAAUCCUUGCGGGACACAAGUGAAAGCUAAACAGAAUUUGGUAUUUUGUGGUUCAGCUCUUUCUCCAGAAGAAAAGUCAUCUUUGAUUGAAUUUGCAAGAAGUAAUGAUUCAAUAGUGUUGAGAUACUGGAGACCUAAUGUGACUCAUGUCAUUGCUGCCAUAGAUUCAAAUGGUGCAUGCACAAGAACAUUGAAAGUCCUUAUGGCCAUUUUGAAUGGGAAAUGGAUUGUUACAGUAGAAUGGGUAAAAGCAUGUGUGGAAGCUGGAUGUCUUGUGAAUGAAGAACCAUAUGAAGUCCAUCUAGACACCCAUGGAUGUUCUGGUGGGCCCAAAGCUGGAAGGCUAAGAGUAAAAAAUAAUGGUCCAAAGCUUUUCAACAACUUGAAGUUUUACUUUGUUGGGGUUUUUGUAAAAGCUUUCAAGAGUGAUCUUUUAAACUUGGUGGCAACUGCUGGUGGCACAGUUGUUGAGGCAAAGGAUCAGUUAUUGUCAGGUAGUAAUGGUGGAGAUGAAGAUGUGAAGUGGGAAUGUUUGGUUGUUUACAAUGCUGACCUUUCAGAUCACUCUGAGUUUGAUGAUGAGGAUUCAGUUAAGUUUCAAAGAAUAGCUGUAGCUCAAGACAUUGCUCAAGAAUCUUGUUCUCAGAUUGUUGGGCAUACUUGGAUUUUGGAGUCAAUUGCUGGAUGCUGUUUAUUGCCUUUUACAAAGGUCUAGUUUAGUUUUUUUGAGGUGUUUAAAAGUCAUUUGCA